GAAAUGAAUUAUGGGUCGGAUAUCUUGUCUAGUUUUGGGGCAAAAGCCCAUUUCUUUUUCAUUGCCCAACUCCAAGUCUCAACAUGUUCGUCCUUUCGAAACCCACCAAACACGCGACCCAGAUUUUGGGUCCCGCAGCUCAACCACUGCAGCUCUCAGGCGAGCUCCAAUGUCUGCUGACCUCCGUCGCUUGCACCCUUCUCUCAAGGUACACUAUCACUCCUUCAACUCCCCCCGAACCUUAAUUACAAGCCUUCAAGGCUUCGAUUAUUUUACCCAGUUUUUGCCAUUUGCUAAUAACUCCACUUCCAAAUCCUUGUGCUCUGUAAACUCCAAUGAAAGGCGCAUAGUUACAGUCGGGUUGUCACGGAUAGUAAAGAACCAACAUGGUUAUGCUUUGAAGGGCUUUUCCAGACGGUUUUGCCCAUUAUUUCUUGUAAAAGUUAUGAAACUAUUAGGUUCUAGGGAAACUGCAUUUGGGUUUUUCAAAUUAGCCUUUAGAGAUGAUAGUGAAGGAAUUGUGAGGAAUUGUUGUAUUGCUGCACAUUUUUUGGCAGGGGAUAAUUUGCGGUUUCUAGCUCAGGAUGUGCUUUCGUGUGUCAUUGCGCGAAUCGGGCCAAAUAGGAGUAGAGAUUUGGUGGGGUUUAUGUGGGCAGGUCAUUGUCAGUUUGAGUCGGAUUUUUCGGUUCUUGAUACUCUUAUGAGAGGUUUCUUGAAUGCUGAAAUGGGUUCGGAGGCAUUGGAGGUUGUUAGUAGGAUGAGGGAGGUGGGGUUGAAGCCGAGUUUGUCAGCAAUUGCAAUUCUUUUCAGGUUGUUGAUUAGAGUUGGUGAUUAUGGUAGCGUGUGGAAGGUUUUUAGGGAUAUGCUUCGGAAGGGGCCUCAACCUUGUAAUUAUACUUUUAAUGCGAUGAUUCUUGGGUUUUGUAGAAAAGGGUUGCUUAGGGUGGGAGAGAGUUUGUUGCAUGUGAUGUGGAAAUUUCAGUGUGAUCCGGAUGUUAUUACAUAUAACAUUGUGAUCAAUGCAAAUUGUGUGAGGGGACAAACAGAUGAUGCACUUCAUUGGGUGCAUUUGAUGAUUGCAAGGGCCUGUAAACCGAGCACGGUUACAUUUAGUACUGUCAUAAAUGCCUUAUGUAAGGAGGGAAAUAUGUUGGAAGCUAGAAAGCUUUUUGAUGGGAUCCCAGAUAUGGAUGUUUCUCCAAGUACCACUAUAUACAAUACCAUGAUGGACGGGUACAUUAAAGCACGGGACAUUGGCCAGGCAAACAUGAUUUAUGAAGAAAUGAGGAACAAGGGCAUAUCUCCUGAUGGCAUAACAUUUAAUAUCUUGAUUGCAGGGCAUUACAAGUACGGAAGGGAAGAGGAUAGAGACAGGUUGUUAAAGGAUUUAUCUGUAUCAGGGCUGCUUCCAGAUUCUUCAUUGUAUGACAUCAUGGUUUCUGGGUUAUGUUGGGCAGGUCUGUUGGAUGAUGCCAUUGAAUUUUUAGAGGAUAUGCUAGGAAAAGGAUUACCUCUGACUGUGGUUGCUUUCAACUCAAUUAUUGCAGCUUGUAGCAGAGUAGGGUUAGAACAAAAGGCCUAUAAGACCUAUAAGUUUAUGAUUACGUUUGGUGUAACUCCUUCGACUUCUACAUGUAGUUCUUUGCUUAUGGGUUUAUCCAAGAAGGGGAACCUGCAAGAUGCGAGAGAGCUUUUGUGUAAGAUGAUAGAGAAGGGGUUCCCUAUAAAAAAAACUGCUUUCACUGUGCUUUUGGAUGGGUACUUUCGAGCUGGUGAUUUGGAUGGGGCUCAAAAUUUGUGGAAUGAGAUGGAAAGAAGAGGGAUAUGUCCUGAUGUUGUUGCCUUCUCAGCAUUUAUCAAUGGACUAUGUAAAGCGGGUCUAGUGGAAGAGGCAUAUGAUAUAUAUCUGGAUAUGACAAGGAAGGGGUUUGUGCCAAACAAUUUUGUCUAUAAUUCUUUAAUUGGCGGGUUUUGCAGCCGUGGGAAGUUGAGUGAUGCACUGAAGUUAGAGAGAGAGAUGAGGCAAAAGGGGCUUCUUCCGGAUAUCUUUACCACCAAUAUGAUCAUUAAUGGGUUCUGUAAACAGGGGAGAAUGAAGUCAGCAAUUGAUACAUUUAUGGACAUGGACCGAACUGGGUUAACCCCAGAUAUAGUCACUUACAAUACCUUAAUUGGUGGUUAUUGUAAAGCAUUUGACAUGGUCAGAGCAGAUGAGUUUUUGUAUAAAAUGUGUGCCAGUGGAUUUGAACCUGAUAUUACAACCUAUAAUAUACGCAUACAGGUUUUUUGUAGCACUCGAAAAAUUAGUCAAGCUAUGAUGAUGCUGGAUGAGCUUGUUUCAAGAGGUGUUGUUCCAGACUCAGUCACAUACAACACGAUGAUGAAUGGUGCUUGUAUUGACAUACUGGAUCAUGCUAUGAUUUUAAUGGCUAAAUUGCUUAAGUUGGCGUUUCUUCCGAAUGCUGUUACAAUUAAUGUGUUGUUGUCCCAGUUCUGCAAGCAGGGAAUGCCUGAGAAGGCCCUCAUGUGGGGUCAGAAGUUGAGUGAGUUUUCCAUUUGUUUUGACGAAAUUACGUAUAAAUUAUUGGACAGAGCCUAUCAUAAUAUGCAAGAAGAUUCCGAAAUUUCAAGUGGAACAGCUGAAAAAAGGCUCUUCCUGGAUUUCCUUAUGUACAUUACAUAUGAUUGUUUAUGUAGAAAUAAACCUUGCAGAGAUGCAAGUCAAAAUGUUCUUCAAUUAAUUGAAUUUAGCGGCUCCUGAAAGUUGAUUAGUUCAUCAGUUUUUACUGCAACUAUUAUGAUCUGGGACAUUCUGAUGUUAUAAUGAGUGAACCCUUCAUGCCUCACGUUUGAUGCCUCUCGUGACAAGUAGCAACAAUCAGGAAGAAUCAAGAACCAUUUGGCUUGAUGUGGUUUCAGGGAAGACUGAUCACUGAAUGAGGAAAGAAAGGUGAGCAAACAAAAAAAGAGUCACGACAAAGGAGAUGGAAGGGAAAUUGGGUUGAGGUUAUGAGAAUGUAGUUAGGCCUGCCAGUUAUGCCGUUCAGCGCAAAUGUUGGAUGAAAUGCCGUGCAUGCCAACUGCUGGAACUGCUCGAUGAAAUUUAUGGAAAAGGUCAUAAUGUGCUGGGCACAUUAGGUUUCAGCUGAACAAGUGUGUUGGUUGAAAACCCACAAGAGAUGCAAACCUAGCAAAGCAAAAUGAAAACUCCAACUGGCUGACACAGAAUUUAUUUUGAGGGAAAUCAUGGUUUCUUGGCUGACAAGGACCCUUUUUGUGGCAGGUACACCCCUCUAGGACCUGUGUAGGAUGCCCAGGGAACCACACUCGGAGGGUAUUUCCGUUGGCAGCUCAGAGGGCUGCAUUGUCUCCGAAUUCUCUCGGCAGUACACAAGGCGCUAUGCAUGAUACACACGAGCCAACUCUUUCGUCAAGGCCUUGAUUCAGUUUGAGUAGAGUUGGUGAGAGGGAGCAUCAAAGGAUUCGGUUCUGGUCGUUUUUCGUAUGAUCCGUUGGGCUUCCUUUUCAAAAUUUUUGUAGUCUAUGGGAAAUGAGUUAUGGGGAACUCUUUUCAACGAUUUAACUUUCGUAACCUUACGAAUGAAUGAUUUACAAGAUUAGAUUGUAUGGUGACAACGCUACCAUGAAUGAUUUGGGGAAUUUUGGUACA